AUGGCGCUACAGUGCAAGGCAGACAAAGACUGUAUGGAAAGAGUACAGAGUAUCAUGGACGCGUACCUGAGCAUGGGCGAAGGCGACUUCAUCUCUUCGUUGGGAGGCGACCAAAUCAAGCUCGUCGCCGCUGCAAAGGGUCCCGAGGCGAGUCCAAGGAGCGAAGGUCUAGCCAUGGCGACUUUCACCUACACCGUCCAGAAGCAACACUGCAACAGGCUCGGGAACUUGCACGGUGGCGCCGCGGCCACCUUGUUUGAUUAUUGCACGACGAUGCCCCUGUGCCUGAUCGCCAAGCCUGGCUUCUGGUCCAUGCUAGGAGUGAGCCGCAACUUGUCAGUCACUUACCUGCGGCCCAUCCCGCUCGGCCAAACCAUCUUCAUCGAGUGCGACAUCGUCGCAGCUGGUGGGCGCCUGUGCGCACUCAGAGGCACCAUGAGGAGGGCCGAGGAUGGGGUCGUGAUGGCAACGUGCGAGCACGAGAAGGCCAGUGUUGAGCAUCUAGCUGGCAGCAAACUGUAG